AUGGCUCAUCGCCUGCUCCUUCCGCUGCCUCCUGCCUUUUCCCCACCGGACAGUGAUGUGGAGGGGUACAGUGUCUUUACAUACGAUGAUCACGACACAGAUGCGGAACAUCCGGCGCUAAAGGCGUAUAUUGAUCAGCUUUCCGCCUUUCUUUGUAAAACGCGUCUUAUUCAAUACCAUCCGGAGGACUUUUUUCUCAUAUUUCUCCUCCAUGAUGAGAAAGAAGCCGCCGGCAAGGCGGAGGCAUUGAAGUACCCGGACAGCAGCGCUGUGCGGGAGGAGGAGGUGGCAUAUAUGCGGGAUCUUUGUGGGGCGUUCACAACGCUGAUGUCGGACAGCAAUACUCUGGUGGUUGAGUUGCACGCUAUGAUACGCGAUGGACCGCCAGUAGGCUCUGCGGCGUGUCUGCACUCAUUCUUUUUGGAAACGAGGGCGUUGCAGAUGAAUCGGCAGAGACGCCCGCGGAAUGAUGCGGCGAGUGUGACGCUCCGGACUCCACAAGAGAACAUGUCCAUUGCAACACCAUCGUUUGCGUCGUCUUUGCCGCAAAAUGGGCAAGAGGGUGACGAACUGAAGAAACGGCUCCGUCGCGACCGGGUGAUGAAGGUAGUACUUGGACACGGUAUGGGGAGAAAGAAGCAGCACGAGGUGGGUGUUGUGCGUGACACCAUUGUGGAUCUUGUUGCGUGUUGCAAUGCCACACGAACGGGCAGUGGGAUGCUGCCGCCAGAUCCAGUGGAAACCGUUCUGAAUGUCGGCGAAGGCAAAGGCUAUGUUUCCCGCGCACUCGCUUUGUGUGAUGGACUGCAGGUGGUUGGGCUUGACUGCAACCCCGCGCACAAGGAGCGGGCGAUGGAGCGGGUUGAGUUUCUGCUGCAGGGACGUCUUGGCGUGGACGCGGCGAGCGGGGAAUCCAGAGGCCGCGAUAUGCUUAACCUGAUGUACGAGCCGCGCGGUCACAUGGCGACGGUGGCAUGUCGUGUUGGGCCAUGCAUGGACUGGGUGGACGUCCUGCGCGGUCAUGUCCGCCUCUCGGACGGAGCUUCCUUGGAGGACUGUGAUAUUUUUGCCGGCACAAUCGCCUCGGAGCAGCAGGAAAUUGAAGAGGCGGAGGCACCACGAACUUUAAAAGGAGCCAACGAUGGCACGAAGAUUCAGUGCCGUAUUUGUUGCCACAUCACACGGCGGAGUGCAGUCAAUAAGAUCAUACGACACGUACGGCGUCACCUUCAGAGUGACGACAUGAAGAAUUUCUCAGGGAUUCUGUCGAAAGAAACAAUAGAUGGGUGGAACCGCGAACUUUCUGUUGAGGCAUUCAACAGAAAAAUAAUCACUACCUUCUUCACGGACGAGGUGUAUUACAAAUCCAACGCUGCUGUUGAGGACGAGGCAUCCGCGAAGUGGACACGUUUUGGAUCUGAAGGGAGUUGUUUUUCCGACGGCAUGAUGCGGGAAAAGUUACGUGACACUUUGAACACGUAUGAUUGUUUAGUAAAUGUGCAAAUGCCACGUGGUACACGCGCAGAGGUACUUUUACCCAUGAGGCAACCGAAGCAGCAGUCAAUACUACCAUUGUCGCAGUUAGGAGAUGAGAUAGAUGGAACGGAUACGCCAGGCAACGUCUUGUACCGAUAUGUACAUACAUCCCUUACUGUUGUUGGAUAUGACUGCGCCCCUAAUCGUCACUUUGUCAUUACAGACGAUGGGAGCCAAAAGGAAGCCUUUGCUUUAUUGCAGUAUCUCCAUGGCUCAAAUCAGGUGGAUGGAAAAUUCAUUGAUGAGCGUUGUGUUCCACCUGCUGAGGAUGCGUGGAGUAUGAAAAUUGCACUGCUGCUGCGCGUUAUACCUCCGGCUACUCCACACAUGCCCAUUGUGCACGUACCAGAUCUUCGCAACGUUGUCAUGAUGGGCCUUCAUCCCUGCGGCGACCUUGGAUCCAACGUAUGCCGUCUCUUUGUGGAGAGCGCGUCACGCGGGCUGCUGCUUGUUAGUUGCUGCUGGCAUGCGCUGACGAACGCUGGAUUUCCACUGAGUUAUGAGCUUCAACGGCGCGGGUGGAGUACGGAGCAGCUCUCUCUGCUUCUUGCCACGCAACCGUUUGACAUGUGGUCCACCGUAUCUGCGGAGGGUCAUCGUGAAUCUGUCUGCGUGCUUUUUUACCGCAGUCUCCUUAAGUUGUUCUGGAGCCGUUUGCGUGACCGCUGGCAGAAUUCAACAGCCACGUCGAUGGCGGCAAUCCGCUGUUGUCCCUUUGCUGAGGUGCCGCACUUGGAGCCGGCAUUCCUGCGUCGAAUUGCCAAAAUAAAGAGCACAAUAACGAUGGAGGUGUUUUAUGUGGAGGUGUGUCGCGAGUACUUCCUUGACGGGACAACGGCGGCGAAGAAGCCACCAUACACAUGGCAGCCACACGUCUGUUCCUCCUGCCGUGAGGCACAGACCAAAUAUUUGUUUUCUGACACGAACGUUGCGUUGGCGGCCGAAGUCGGGAGGGAGUUUUUUGCUACCCAUUUCGCUCCUUUUCUUGGUAUGACAGUUCUGCGGAUGUGGAUGUGUCAUCUUGUCGAGACAAUGCUGUUGCUGGAUCGCACCUUGUUUCUUUCUGAGAUGCUGCGGAGGGAUCGACGUUGCCGCGGUUCGGUUGUAUCACUUGUGCCACUCUUUGACGGUGCUGUCUCCCCGCGUAUGUACGGCGUGUUGGCCCGACGCAUCCCGAAUUGA